AUGUCCUUUCCAAACGUCGUGUUACCGGAAGAAAUUGAAUAUUUCGUGCAAAGUUUGCGCCAAUUCCAGGUUGCGGACAUAGGCAAUCAAAGUUGGUUUGAACAGUACGAAUACGUUUUGAAAUUAACACAGCAGGCAUGUAUCGAGGCAAGCACCGAACAAGAGGAAGUGGUCAAGGAACAGAUAGUCAUCGAGGCCAAACUUCCCGCGCUGGUACACGAAAUUUUCUCUGUCAGGAUUUGGAGGAAUAGAAUUCUACCAAAACUGGUAGACGGAAAUGACUUGAAGGCUUCCUUCGUUCCAUACAGUGUGCUUUAUUAUGAGAUGAACAUUGUUGCCUUACUGGAGACAAUUCUUUUUCACCGCAAUGGCUGUGAGACCUUGGGGGAUAGUAUCCUGGAUUUAAUUGAUUAUUGCACACAAGCUACUGGAUUACUAAUUGGCUUAGCGAACGAUGAGGGUACGCAACACGAUAGAGAAACGCAACGUAUGAAGGAAACAUCUCAAGAAGAGUUGGAUCGCCUUAAAAGAGACAUGCAUUUCAGAGUAGGAUUGAAAAGUAUAACUAUUCUUAACUACAUUGUUGAAAACUUAGCAUCGCUUCCAUUGAGUGUGAGUAAUCGAUUGAUCAAAACCCACGACGUCCCUUGUCUGAUUUCCAAUGUUUUGCACUAUAAACCAUGGUUGAGAAAACGUAAAGAUUUUGAGAAAUUCGUUAAUGAUCGCUGGGAAUCUGUUUUUGGUAGUGACGUUUUUAGAAUAGUUAAAAGUGAGGCCCAAGCUUGGAUGUGUCUUUUUGGUCUAUUGACCAACCAAACAAUAAUGAGCGAAUAUGAAAUCAACGAGUUUCGGCAAAGGGAAAUCGGUAAAUGCGUGGGUCUUUUGAAUGAACAAAUCUUGGACCAGAUCCCAGCACUUAUGCACCUAAAACAGGUUUUAUGUUCUAUUCAAAUGAAAGCUGGAUCUAAGACCGCCUAUCGCUCUAAUUUACUAUUAGAAGAGGUGCCAGAGAUCGAAAACAAUUUGAUGGCAAACGCAAAAACAUACGGCUGGAAAAAAAUUGUCGAAAAACAUAAAAAAAUAUUUGUAGACUUAACGCAGCAAGAAAUUACUGAACUUGCUAGGAGAUUGAACACGGCGUAUAACACUGAUCUACUGGAAAUGUCUGAAAAUAAAGUUGAAACUGGCGACAAAAAAUGUUCGACCUGCAAACAACCAGCUGAAAAGAAGUGUUCACGAUGCAGCGCCGUUUACUAUUGCUCGCGUGACUGUCAAGUUGCAGAUUGGCCGCGGCAUAAGGAUUUGUGUCAUCAGCUGAAAGCUCUUUAA